CCGAUCAUUUUUGGCCAUUUCUAGCUAAGCUCAGUCAGCGUCAGUCGCGAAUCGCCCAGGCGUCGCUCACGGUAGUCGUCAAUCUGCCAGACCACCUCCAACCUGCGGACCAUGGCUUCGCGGCGCCUCGUCGCGUGGAUCAGUGCCUGGAUGUAGGGCAAGACGCCGGCAAUCCCCACGUCGGUGGUGACAAUGAGGACGGCUCCGAAAUGACGGAAAUCGUGCGGGCGGCCAUGCGGUCCCUGUUGAAAGUGAUAAUAAGAUGUUCGUUGAUUCUUCUAAUCCAGGUGGGAUGACUGUCACAUAUAUAUACACGUUCCCAAUCCCUGUCACGCUGUUUCAGCCACCGGGAUAUUCAACAGUCCCAGGACCAGCGCCUGCAGCGUCGGCGGAUGAUACAGCCUGCAGGUGGCAGGGUUGACAAGCUUAACUUUAAAGCCUGGCGGCUAGUCUGGGCAUUCGACCCUGAGCGCUUAGUGGCCCUGGCAAGGCAAUGCUUCCGCUUAGGGAUGUGUUACGAUCGGCACAAAUAUGAAUCUGUGGUACCAUUGAACUAGAAUUCUAA